AUGCGUGACAAUGAUGUGAAGUUUUCCACGACAUCAAAACGAAGAGAACUACUAAUACGUAAUGGCUACAUGUACACUUUGAAUAAAAAUAAAACACAUGUCAAGUAUUGGCGUUGCAAAGAACGAUCUUGUUGUGCUACUGUUCAUACUGAUAAAAAUGAUCAGGUUACGUACCACAAUGAUCACCACAACCAUCUACCAGUACCAGAGAGCAUCGAAUUGAAUGAGCUCAGAAACAAAGUGAAACAUCGCGUUCUGGAAGAAUCUACACCAAUUGCACAGAUAUAUGAUCAGGAGCUAGCAGCAGCACAUCUAACACUUCCAGCUCUAUCAAUUGCACCAACGUCAAAAGAAACUCAAUCAUCUUUCCAACGUCUGCGGAGAAAAACAACACCGUCUCUUCCUGUAUCAGAUACCUUUGAAAUACCAUACAAGUACAGUCAAACUUUGGAUGAUAAAAGUUUUCUGCUCUGCGAUGAAACUGUUCGAAACAAACGUGUCCUUUUAUUCGCUACUGACUUACAACUCACAAUUUUCUUUCAAUCAUCGCAAAUCUUUAUGGACGGAACAUUUGAUGUUUGUCCUCCACACUUCGAUCAAGUGUUUACUAUGCAUUGUAUUCAUCAUGAUCAAGCGAUACCGUGCAUCAUUAGCUUAUUACCUGGUCGAUCAGCAAUGGUUUAUCAAUACAUUUUUGAUUUACUAAAGAAUGAAGCCAAAGAACUUGGACUUACAUUUGCACCUGAUGUAAUAACAAGUGAUUUUGAACCAGGUUUGAUUAAAGCCAUAAAACGUCAAUUCCCAACUUCACGUCAUAAAGGUUGUUACUUUCAUCACAGCCAAAGUGUCUACAGAAAGAUACAAUCGCUUGGUCUAUCAUCUCAAUACAAUGAUGACGAAGAAGUUCGAUCUCAUGCCAGAAAGUUGAUGGCACUUCCUUUAUUACCACUUGAAAAAGUUGACUCGGCGUUUGAAUUUCUACUUGAUGAUCAUCCACCUUGUCUUGAUCCUCUAUUCGAUUAUUUUGAAUCAUUUUGGAUGGAAUCGGUGCCAGUUGAAUUGUGGAACGUAUCAAAUAUCAAAAUCAAAACUAAUAAUAUUGCCGAAGAAAAAUUUGAAACAGCAUUUUAUACUUACCUAUUUGACGUACUAUGUCGACGAAGUGUCGUGUCGACGAAAUGUUUGUCGACAAAAUAUCAUAUCGACAAAGUGCUUGUCGACGAAAUGUUGUGUCGACGAAGUGCUGUGUCGACAAAAAGUUUUCGACUAAAUGCCUGUCGACGAACUGCUCUGUCGACAAAAUAUCCUGUCGACGAAAAUUAUUCGACGAAGAUUUGUCGACCAAGUGCGUGUCGACGAAAGAGCUUUCGACCAACAACAUACUUACCUUUUCGUCGAUAUGGUGAUCGAUAUCCUAAUAAAAGAUCAGAUAAAACAACCAUUCAAACAACAAAUUUAUCUGAAAAUACUCAAGAAAAAGAUCUAUGUGAUUUAUUGGAGAACGUUGGUCCUGUUACUGAAAUCUAUCUGGCGAAAGAUACAAGCAAUGAUACAUUGAAAGUAUUUGCCAUAAUUACACUUCAUAACUAUGGUGUUAUUCUGUUGAAAAUACAAGAUGUGCGAAUGAUCAAGCGUUCAGCUCAAUUUUUAUGUCUAUCACCAUUUGAUACCAAUCGAAAACACAUGCCGACUAUAGUGCAGAGCAAUUCGAAGAAUGGUUUCAACACUAUCAACUCGCCGCAAAACUAUUGGAUAAGCGUGAAGAAGCGAUUUCUGAAACAGUCAACGAAAUUGAAGUCAAUUUUAACAGCAGUAGAAGAUAAACUUCAAGAUAAUGUACCAAAAACGACUGCCACUUUGCGUCGUGCUAGAAUCAAAAUCGAGCUCCUAAUUAUGGCGAUAAAGAAUUCACAGUUGAAAGAAUUGCAUCAAAGGAAUAAUUUGGAAGAAGCUUGA